UGCAAUAUACCUCCGGCUGGUUUGGGUCUCAGUAGGCCCCGGCGUUAAAGUCUCCACAGCACUCUUCGAUUCCGCACGGGAUAUUACCUAUCCGCGGUUUGUUUGUGCUCGUAUGUUGUUGUCUGUCGAAGAGCGCCGCGUUAUUUACUUCUAGACCAUCAGACGAUCCGUCUUCAUCGUUUUGCGUCAACUCUUCGAGCUUCGUAUUCGAGAAUUUGUUUAAACUGUGAUAUGUACAUAUAAUUCGCAAUUUUUAUUUUUUUUGAUUUUUCGAUUUUUUUUUUUAUUAUGUGCUGUGACAUGUAUUGCUUUGUUUUCGUUUGUUUGAUGGUUGCUGGUAUUUGGGCUGUUGAUGAUACAGGAAUAAAAAACCUUAUUGGUGAACCAGACUAUAGGCAGGUCCGUCUCCAUUGGGAAACCGAUAAGAGUCUAUCUCCAGAAAAAUUCGAGGUGAAAUACUGCGAACUCCAAUCCUGGGGACCCCAAAGAUGUAGAAUGCAAGACGUUCCAAAACCUGAUGAUAACGAAGUAGACUACAAUGAAAACGUGCUCGCUUAUAAUGCUGAUAUCAAGGGAUUAAGAAUGGCAACUACCUAUUCCUUUGAGAUCAGAAAUGGCAAGGAUGUGAGAGAAAGAGAAGACAGAUCCCAGGGUGGAGGCAAGAACCAAAAUGUCAUUGUUAUUCCGACCAAAGGAUUUUCAGCAAGAGCAACCCAAUGUCUGUCCCAUGCAAGUGAAAUAGAGGUAUCAACUGGUCCUUAUUUCGCUGGACGAAUAGCAGUAGAGGCAGCAGACGGUGAAAGAUGUGCCCUUGACGGAGAUCCCAAAAGCCCUAGAGAUAGCUACACCCUUCGCAUUAACCACGAUGAGUGUGGUAGCAAAGUUAAUGAGACUACUGUUGCAACUUUCGUAAUCGUUCAAGAAAAUUUGCCUAUUUUGACACACAGCACCAGAAGGUUCUUAGUCAUUUGCUCUUAUCAGCCUGAAACUCUGACUGUGAGGGCUGGUCUUAGUCUUCCAACCAAUCACAAAGGACAGGCACAACUAACACCUGUUGAGGUGGAGGAAGAGAAAAGUCAAAUGGGAAGGAGAGGCAGGAAUUUCAGAAUUGGCAGAGCUUAUUUAGCACCCCAAGCGCUUGUUCAAGAAAAAAGCAGCCAAGUGGAGUACAUACCAAGCAACAUUGUGCCGAUGUUUGUAAUGUGUCUACUUUCAAUAGCAGUACUCAUUGGAAUUGUGGUUACAGUGUACAAGAUAUCCAGUAGAAAUCAAAAGAGUUUUGACGAUAUGUCUGUCAGUGGAUUUUCAGUCAGCACUGUUGGUAGUUGCAGUACUACAGCAGACUCCAUUUCCGAGAAAGAAUACACACAUUCUAGACAUUCCGUUUAAAAUAUAAUUCCCCCUCUUCGCCUUAUUGCAAUAAGUUCAAUAUAGCUAGGACAAACAAUUAAUCACCGAAUUUAUCCAUUCUUUACAAUUGCAUAUUUUCGUACGAAUUAUUAUGAUAUGAUGUGUAUAUUCAAAAUGAUGUUGAUCAUCAUGCAUUCACAAAGUCUGUUUUAGAUUUAAGCGAUAGCCUUUAAUGAUAAUUGCGUAUUCUUUCUUAUAUACUAGGUGUUUACGGGAUUCGUAUCAGCAACACGUAACAGCUGGUGUGAAUCUUAUUAACCCCAUGUAUAGUAUGCAAUUACUUUAUAAUUCCUAUUAACUAUGUGAUUCCAUUUGAAAUAUAUUAUAUAAUUUAGGAGUACCUA